AGAAGUGAAGUGGCGAUUCGACUGUAUGUUUGAUUUAGCAUCCAAGACGGACAGUCUGUGAUUUGACCUAUUUACUUCCACAUCCUCUGAAACUGACGCCUGUCUCUGUGCCGACCGCUGUUCUGCUUCGGCUUUGUCUCACUCUUUGUGUAGCCUAAACGACCAGUGCUGGGUUUAUUUAGCCAACAUUAGCUAGCUAACAGGCCUCUGCUUUAGAAAAGUACAGCCCGUCUGUUCAAUCUUGUAGCUAAAUGGCUAAUCCGUUAGAUUAACGUUACGUGGCGACGCCCUUUUCUGAUUGAACUAGCUGUAGCUGUAGCUAGCUGUGCAAAGCGAUCCAUCCAGCUGGUACAGGGACUGGCCCUUUAAAAUUGAUAACCGCAUACCAGCGUUGCGGAAGUUUCUUUUUUUGUUUGUGUCUUUGUCAGGGAAAAGUUUUGUCAGGGAAAACUGUUUUAAAUAUUUUUUUGAUUUUAUAGUGAGGAGCUCAUUGCUGGCUAGAUUGAACAAAGACGCAUCAUGGUAUAAAAUGAAAGACAAUAGCUAACAGUUCUAGCUAGCUAGGCCAGUCAGCUAAAAAUGCUAUUGUAUCGAAGCUAGGCAAAGGGAUAAUAUUACAGUAACGUUACAGUAGCAAAUGCGGCUCACUAAAUUAAUCGUCGAUCAUGGGACUAAUGAUGUUGGCGGACUAAAGUAACGACACGUAAUCUACGUUCGUAAUAAUGGAUAUAUGACUUGUUAGCUAGCUAGCAUUCAAUGGUUUCAUUUAAUUCGGUUGCUAGCUAGAAAAUCAACAGCAGAAUGUCUUCGUAUUCGAAGUGGAGAAACAGCAAUCACUUCUAUUACUGCAUAAAGUUCACCCUCAAUAUUUACUCUAUGCUUUUUUCGCUGGUGGGCCUGUGCGUGCUGUGCGUGGGGAUCUACGCAGAGGUGGAGAGGCAGAAGAACCGCACCCUGGAGGGCGUGUUCCUGGCCCCGGCCGUGGUGCUCAUCCUCCUGGGCCUCGUGAUGUUCACCGUGUCCGUGGUGGGCAUGGUGGGCUCCCUUCGGGACAACAAGACCCUGCUCCACAUGUUUCUCUGUGUGCUGUGUGUCCUGCUGGCUCUCCAGGCUCUGGGCCUCAUCGUGGCGCUGAUCUUUGAGACGAAGACCAUCGCGCUGUUUCAGAAGAGCAUCCGCGAGGGAAUCAAACACUACUACGACGACCUGGACUUCAAAAACAUCCUGGACUUUGUGCAGGAGAAGUUCUCUUGCUGUGGUGGGGACGAGUACAAGGACUGGCUUGUCAAUCAGUACCACUUCUGCAACGGCAGUGGCCCGCUGGCCUGUGGGGUCCCCUACACCUGCUGCGUGAGGGGCAAGGUGGGAGAGGUGGUCAACACGCUCUGUGGCUACAGGACUCUGAAUCGAGAGCGUGUGGAUCUGGAUGGACUGAUACACGUGCGAGGCUGUAUUCACGCAGUAAACCUGUGGAUGGGAGACAACAUUGGGAUCACAGCGGGGAUCUGCUGUGCAGUGGGCCUGCCUCAGCUGCUGGGGAUCGUCCUCAGCUGCGUGUUCUGGAACAUGCUGGUGGAGAUGAGCGAGUCGGCGGACAUGGUGGACUUCCGGCUGGUGAAGCGGGCCGGGUUCGAGUACAGCGAGCUGGACCUGAGCGGGGCGGGCUGCUGCCUCUGCCUGCCCCGCGACGGGGGCUACCUGCCCCUCCCCGCCUCCGAGCCCCAGCCCUGGGCCCCCGAGCCGGCCCGCCAGGACCGCCGCCCGGUCCGGAGGCAGCAGCCCCUCUACCGGGCCGGGUCGCAGCAGCUGGGGCCCGCCCGCGGCAUGGGGGCGGACGAGGUGGGCUUCCGGGCCUACUGAACCGCACGGACGCCCAAAAAGGGAUUCAGUUAUGUAUCACUUUUUUAACAGUGUCCUUUUCUUUUAUUUUCUGUUCACGUUGUCGCGUCUACCGUACUGCACCGCAGACACAAACAAUCAGCAAAUUUGGGGAUAAAUUGACCAAAGGGCCAUCAGGUGGGCGGGACGAAAUUACAUGGCACUUAAUGUAAGGAAGUUGUAUGUUUUUAUCCCAAAUUUGUGAGUUCCUGUGUUGGGGGGGGGCACUUGCUUAUUGAAUAUUUGAAAACUGAAAUUCCUCAUUUAAUUUAUUUUCGUCUUGUAGCACUUAAUUUUUUUUAAUUAGUUUUUUUUAAGACAAUCUCAAUGUCUUUGCCCAUCACCAUAAUAUAGGGUAAUUGUAAUUAGUACCAUUAUGAGUCAUUUUUCUAUGUUUUACUUGAUUUUUCUAUUGAAGUCUUAAAAGUCCUAUACCUCAGGCUAUGCUAAAAUGGCCCCAUGCACUUGAGGGAAUGUCCAGGUACUGUAAUUUGAGCUUCCUGUUGAUGAUUGGGUUCAUUCUUUAAUUUUGGACGAGGGGAGUCACAGACAAGGGGAGUCACAGACGGGGCAAGGCACACCGUCUGGCUGUAAAUACCAUACAACAGUGAUGAUGUUUGUGGAAUUGUUUGUGUAACUAAUUUGUUCGGAAGGAACAGGGAUCUUGUGCGAGUUUUUUUUUUAUUUUUAUGGAAUAAUAAACUGACCCCUUUUACAGUUUACAGGAGUCUCACCGUGAGUCAUGACUCCCACUUUUUUUAAAUGCUGUUUUUACUGUGGGGUUUUGUUUGUUUGUUUGUUUGUUUGUUUGCAAUGGAAAAAAACACUUGGAGUGGG